CAGUAUACUAUUGCUUUUUGUUUGUACAUACUCUCGAGUUACAGAUCGAAACGAAAGACCUGUUUCGGAACGAGAAAACUGUUUCGCGAAUCCACUUUGGAGUGAAGUUAACCGCUUGGAAAUCCCUUUUCCGGUGCCUCGACACGAGCCAAGCCAGCUUGCAGUACUCCUUACACACCUCGAGAAUGCUGUCGCGUUGCCUGUCGUCGGUUGGCUUCCGCUUUGGUAGCAAGAUUUCUGGAGGCAACGUUUACCUCCUCCGUGCGGGUUCUAUUGGACAUUCAACUGGACGUUCCGCACAGCGAAUUCUUGCCUACUUGCCAACUACACCAACUGAGGGCCCUUCCUGUCAACAGCUUCGCGACAUGGCAUCUAUCAAGGUUCGCAUGGAAGCUGCCAACCAGGCCCUCAAGGAAGACAAGAUGAUGUGCUACCAGUGCGAGCAGACGAGGGGUGGAACUGGAUGUACUGAAAUUGGUAUCUGCGGCAAGACGCCCGAGGUGGCAGCGCUGCAAGAUCUCCUAAUCUACACGGUCAAGGGUCUCGGCAGCCUUGCUCACAUCGCGCGCUCUUCAGCAGGCAUCGAGGAUCAAGAGGUUAACACCUUCAUUAACGGUGCCAUCUUCUCCACCCUUACCAACGUUAAUUUCGCCGAUGACCGCUUUGUCGAGUUUGUUAACGACUGCCGCCGGCUACACGCACAGCUUAUGGCCAAGCUGACCGCGGCCGGCGUGACCCCUCCGAUGUCCGCUGCCGCGGUUCAGCCAUGGUUUGGUUCCAUGCCCCACCCGCUUGAGUGGAACUCCCAGGCUGUGGCUCUUGGCGGCGUGGGCGACAUGAUUGAAAUCGGUCAUCAGACCGGUAUCAAGGCGCGCCAGGAGAUUCUGGGCGAGACGCUAGCGGGGUUGCAGGAGCUGUUGAUGUACGGCCUCAAGGGUCUGGCAGCCUAUGCACAUCAUGCCGAGGCGCUGGGACACACAGACCCCACCGUGUACGCCGAUGUGCAGGAAUCGCUCCACUUUCUGUGCAGCCCCGCGGCAGCUGACGUGGGCAAUGUCCUGGACCACUGCUUCAAGGCCGGCGCUACCAACUUCCGGGUGAUGCAGAUGCUCAGCAACGCGCACACCAGUACCUUCGGUCAUCCCGUGCCCACGCCCGUCAGCCUCAACCCCGUGCCCGGCAGAGCCAUUCUAGUCACUGGUCACGACAUGCACGACCUGCACAUGCUGCUGGAGCAGACUGCUGGCAAAGGCAUCAAUGUGUACACUCACGGAGAGAUGCUCCCUGCACACGGCUACCCGGGGCUGAAGAAGUACCCCCACUUGGUGGGGCACUACGGCGGCGCCUGGUAUCGCCAAAAGGUCGAUUUCGCGGACUUCCCGGGAGCCAUCGCGGUCACAACCAACUGCGUGCUUGACCCACUCCAGGCGUAUAAGGACAACAUCUUCACAAUCAACGAGACUGGCCUGGCUGGCGUACCGCACAUCCGGGCUGAUGGCUCAGGGCACAAGGACUUCGGUCCCAUCAUCAAGCGUGCACUGGAGCUCCCAGGCUUCUCUCCUCAGGACGUGGAGAAGCGGCCCAAGAAAAAGGAUGUAACGGUUGGCUUCGGGCACAACGCGGUUCUCAGCGUGGCGCCGCAAGUGGUUGAUGCUAUCCAGUCCGGCCGCUUGGAGCACAUCUUCUUGGUGGGCGGCUGUGACGGUUCGGAGCCGCAGCGCAAGUAUUACUCCAAGCUGUAUCAAUACAUGCCAACUAACACGAUGGUGCUCACGCUGGGCUGCGGGAAAUUCCGCAUCUUUGACCAGGACUUCGGCAUGCUGCCCGGUACCAACAUCCCACGCCUGCUCGAUAUGGGGCAAUGCAAUGACGCAUACAGUGCACUGGUGGUGGCUACGGAGCUGGCCAAGGUGUUCAAGACGGACGUGAACUCCCUGCCCCUAUCUCUGGACUUGUCGUGGUUUGAGCAAAAGGCGGUGGCGGUGCUGCUGACGCUACUGCAUCUAGGCGUACGCAACAUCCGUCUUGGCCCACGUCUGCCAGCCUUCCUGACGCCGGAGGCAGUAAGCGUAUUGGUGGACAAGUUUAACCUUAUCCCAGCCAACGUGGCCGACCCCGCGGGGGACAUGAAGAUGAUGAUACAGUGCAAGUAGAUCUCUUGUGGGUACGAUCAGCGUACCCACGCGUACAUGCUUGAUUGGAUUGUGUUUGUCGUUUUGCUAGACAGUCUCGUGAAUGGUAUGAUGGACAUUUAGUUUGGGUUACAGUGACAACAAUUUUAUGCAUGAGAACACUCACGACCGCUGUCCACAGUGCCACUUUGGGUCAUAACCCAAAGAGGGCGACAGGAAUACAUGUGCAGGUGCGGAGAAGGUGUGUUUUUCGCAUUCCUUUCCCUAAACCAUAAUAACCUUUGGACUGUUUCUAGAACGAGAAAUAAGACAUUUUGCGGGGAAGGUGUACGUCACGAUUUUUGAUGUUGGUAGAUAAAUAUGGGUCUAAAGAAUAAGUACGUGAAUGCGCGGGGAUGGAUUAUUUUACCUCGAUCGGAGUGCACCUUCUGGUUUGGCAGGUCUUUCCUCCGUAACCUGUGACAACGUGCUGUCGCGAUGGUAACCCAUCAAACGUUGGCCCUGUUAAUUGGGACGCGUCGGCAGGCACUUCUCACCAACAAUUUCGACGUCGCUGAAGAUGUGUACAUAGCCUACUCUGCGUCGCCGAUUACGGCGUGCUGUGUCCCCGCCUUUUGCUGCUGAUAUUGCUUGAGUUGGUGGAAUGCAAUUAAUAAACGAAGACGUUGGCUCAUAUUCAUGUGUCUCAUCCCUGACGUUUUCAUUCGGGAUUGGAAGUGUUUGGGAAAACUUGCGCCGGUGGAGGAUGUUCGGCGUCGUCGAAGACUGCCGUGCCUGUGUAAUUGCCUGCUGCUG